GCACUACUAUGCAGCGGUGAAAAAUCACACUGCGCCGGAUGUCGAUGUGGUCAGCACUGCCGUGUCCAUAAUCGUUAGCACGAUUAGCUUCCAGCAUGCCCGAGAAAUGGAACGGCAAUCUGAGCGCGGGAUGCUGCCAUCGACAGACGAUACAAUUCCCAUGGGCCUUCCAGCUAAGCGUGCAAUACGCCGGCCCGUCCGUUCUAGCUCCGAUGACGAGGAUGCCGCGCGUCCAAGCAAACCCAAAAGGCCUUCUGCAGCAACAUACGCACGUGCGCCCUCCUCUCUGUUCAGUGGCAUUAGUCCAUCACGUCCAGGGCCAUCAACAAGCAACCUAAUCGCGCCACCGGUUAUUGCUGACGUCCCACCAAGCAAUCUGGAUGUGCUGCAGGAACUGCAGGCCAUAAAAUCCUUAUUUUUAGAUGAGUUGUGUCUCAUUCGAUCAGAAUUGGUCGGCCAUCGCCGCAUGUCCGAAGCGAUGUUGCAAAUGCUACAACGACAAUCCCAAAGUGUUGCGCCGGGACUAUCUCUGCCAUUCAUCUCUCUCAGUGAGCUAAAGAGAUAUGAUGAACGGCUGAAGGACCCCGAUUUCAAAAACAGAGUCGUAA